AUGGCAGGCACUCGCGUCGAACUACCCGAUGGACACCUAGUGAAUCUCUCGCCACGACCAACUCGACAGAGUCCCUACAAAGCAUACCGAGCAGAUUACAAGACCUCGCCCACGGAGCUCUCAGCAAUAACUCCACCUCGAUACGCGGCAAGAUCGACUGAACAUGUCACCCCGAGAAAUGCAUCUGGUGGCUCAUAUCAAAAGCCCAAAAACACCAAACUUCCGGUCCCCAAAUCCCUCGCAGACACCCAGAGCAAUGAAUCAAGGCAGACUCCGAGUCCCACUGGCUUACCGAAACCAACCACACCCAAUCAUUCAGGACAACGAGCCCAGCCGGGAUCGUCUGGCGGACAUCGCGAUCAAUACUUAAGGAAACUGCGAGAUAAAUUCGAGAAGGAUUCACCACUUUCCGAACGAAGUACCCGGAGUAAAGACAGUGAUACCGAGCAAUCACCAAAUGCACGAAUGUCCUACCACCGAAGCAGACCUCAGACUGGCAACGCGGCCAAGCAAACAACCUAUCGAGGAACAACUGCUCGAUCGGGCAUUCCAAGCCCCAGUACUGCCAACAGCAGCCCUGCACAGGGUCUGAGAAACAAUGUUGUCAAAUCACAACCCGUAGACAGCAAGAACAAGUGGAAGAAACAAGGUGACCAAUGGGUCAACAUGGACGUCCCUGACAACUCACCGCAAAAGUCAGAAAAGACCGAAACCACAGCGAACUCCAGUCCUCGAUCUCAGGAUUCGAUUUCACCAGUAUCUGCCGAGGACAGCUCAAUCACCGACUGUGACUGGGAAGACCGCUUUGUGGUUAACAUGCCGUCUGCAAAAGACCCUAACCCGCCUACCAUGACCGCGCAGCAAAUAGCUGAAUACCAAAAGAGCAUCGAACAGGUCCAUCAAUCUGGUGGGCGAAUGGCUCACCCGGACAGCCUGCCCAGUCGUAACGCCUCCCCAGAAAGCAAGUCGAGUCUGAGAGGAGUUCGAGAGCAGACUCCGCAGGAGUUCAAAGCAUACGACGGGACCUAUGAAGGGCAGCAAAUGCCUAGAUCUUCCAGAGAUGACUCUCGCCAAUCGUCACCACAACAGCAAAACCAGCAGCAGCCCAAGCUACAACAACAGUCUCAGCCGCGACUGGAACCGCAGCCUCAACCGCAGCCUCAACCGCAGCCUCAAACUCUGACUGCAACGGGGCCUCAGCGCCCAGCAGCCAAUCAUUAUUAUAGCCCUGAUGAGAUAGGCCAUACUCGCAUCAGCACGAUAUGGGAAGAGUCACCCACAAAGACGAAGGAGAAACGUUACCCCCAGAAUGCGGAUGGCUCUUUUUUAGGGUGCAGGGAAAUAUCGGGGGAGAAGAAUCCAGACGAAAUACUCAUGUUCACUUCCCCCGACGAUGCCAGUCUACAUCCUCGGCCAUUGGCUCUGGCCUCGAAGAACAUACACAAAGAAUUGAAGGGUCUGAAGAAAGGGACAGCCAGGAAGACCGCGCAGAUCGUCGAAGAGACAACGGUCCUUCAAGAAGAGCGGCCACAAAUUUCUCGGAGUUCGAAGCCUGCCCCAUGCUUGAAGUCCUCGACACUGUGCCGCGACCAGUCUUGCCCCCCGAACCCUUCGCCGAUCCCCAGGACAGGAUCCCAGGACUCGGGCAAGGAGAACUCACACCCUCAGAGCAGUCCUCCAGAACGGUCCGGGAGCAUAGACUCCGUUCACGGCGACGAAGACGAUGUGUUCAUUAUCACACCCACUAUCACACGCACUAUGCUUCCCACCCCCGACAAGAAACAAUAUGUACCAAAGCCGCAAGGAUUGCGACGCGCUGGUGGCGUAAGUCAAGCAGUCACCGCCGAAGCCACCAAGGCCAUCCGCGCAAAGGCUCAGAUGAUCUCCACGCCAUCAGGUCUGCGACCCGGGGGCUCGAAUUCGAAACUCAAACCGACAGGGUCUUCUCUGGCGACCUCUCAGACAUUCCCAUCCAGCACACUCUCGAGUACGGGAAACGAGCAAGGCCCCGUGGACCGAGGCCAAGAUCGGACACAAGAACCCAAUUCAGACAAAGCCGCCGGCACAGCGUCCAGCACUAUCCGUGGCUUCAUCCGUACCUCCGGGCUGGCCAGGUCAUCAGGGUUGGUUAGAUCACCGACUGAUAGCCUUGCUGCAAUUCUGCGUAACGGCACCGAGUCUCUUCGAAACCGAGCGGAGUCGCUGCGAAACGGCUCGGGAUCCCUCCAACGGACAAACCGGAAAGUGACAGGCGGCUCUCAAUCCACCAUUCCUACCAGGGACAAUUCGGAGUCAUCUCGAUCUGAACGGUCUUUUCACUCAUUGCAGUCUUUUCAGUCUGCAAAGGAAACACCCAUUGCCUCCGAAAGCGUUCCUGAAUCCCCUCCAAAAUCGAUAGUGGUGGAGGAUGAACCAAGAGAACAGAAGUCACCUCCAAGGAAAUGGACUGCGUCCAGCAAGCCAGUGGCCAAGAAAGUCACCUUGUCAGAGGACCCAUCAUCCAAAGCACAGUUGGAUAAGCCUCCCACGUCAACUCGAAGAAUUUCCGCGUUGGCAAAGCCAUCCAAGGCGGAAAAACCGCCCAACGCUUCAAACCCAUCAGUUGCCGAGAAGUCCUCAGCCACAAAGACAAAAAAGGCCGAUACUGCACCCAAGAAGGAGAGUCCACCCAAGAAAGACGAGAAGGAACAACGCUCAAAGACUCUUCCUCGCCUCCAUACAUCCGGCAAGGUCACAGAGAUCGCCGAGCUUGACAGUCUUCAAGUCGCCAGUCCCAAGGAGUCUCUUCAGUCCAACAUUACGAAUGUCCAUGCCGAUCUAGGUGACAUGCACACUCAAGAUAUCGAUGAUUCCUCAAGCAACCUUCUCAACCCCUUGGCUCUCUCCCUUGUCUUCAACAUCCUCGUUGUCGCCAUCACUCAAAUGAACCGAAUCCUUCGAAUGGGCACCGACAGUUAUUACACCAAAUUUGUUGUGGACAACACCCUCAGCAUGACGGGUCAUUGCUACUAUGUCUUCAGCUGCAUUUACACGGCUAUCUGUGACUACCAGGCGACGGGUAGCUGGCCAAAGGCUCGCAAUGACAAGGCCAUCAGUCGGUUCAUGGUAGAGCUUUUGCAGGCUGUGGUCUACCUUUUCAUCCUUGGCUUUGCUGCUAUGUUAAUUGGUCGGUUUGCGGGAUACGUCGUCCUUGUGAGCAGUUGGAUCGUGUGGUUUGCCAGACCAUUUGCCUGGGUCUUCCAAUGUGUCGGACGUGCUUUAAUAAUGAAUUAG